AUGGUGCCAAGCCAGGGUAGUGCUCCUAUCGGCACUGAAGUUACUUCUAGCAACAACAGCUUUUCCCUCACGAGUUUCAACUUGGAAGACGACCUAUUCGAACCUGAUUGGUCGUAUGUACCUGAUCUAUCGUCUAACUUGGUUGAUGGAUUUGUUGCCGAACAAGACGCUACUUCUAGCCUCAGAGGCAAUGAGUUACAACCUACGAAUGGUACCAUGAACCUUCCGGGGCAGUCGAUUCAUUUGGGCUCUUCGAUUCCCAUGGCUCUGGAAUAUAGGAGUUCAUCUUCGCUAUUUCAAAAGCGCGAUUUCCCCGAAACAGAGCUUGGACUUGCCAGCGACCUUGCCCUGCAUAUCCUGCGUUCCUACCCAUACAUGAUUGCCAACCAGGGCUCCGUUCCUCCAUUCAUUCACCCGCAAUAUCAAUCUCUAGACGAAGGCAACACGACACGCCCAAGCUCUCUCUAUGCUUCACUAAACCUCGUCAAGAUGCUUCUGCACGAUAGACGAGUAAACAAGAACCUGACGUGGGGGUUGAUCCGGAUCGAACAGGAGCGACUGCUAAACGAACAUCCUAGUUUUAGUCGGUGGGAGCUCCUGCAGGCUUUACAAUCUCUCGUUGUGUAUAUGCUCCUGAGGAUUAUAGAGGGACGCCACGAGUAUACCAACUUUGACAGCCAGCUUCUAGUUUCGAUGAAUGCACUCUGUAGAUGUCUCACCAUUAAGCAUGGCAAGCUCAUCAGCCCGGAGGAAAUUGCUGGUCGGGAGAUGCCUUGGAAGGACUGGGUGUUCAACGAAUCCCGUCGUCGAUAUCCGAGCACCGCGAGCACGGUAUUCGUCAUCACCCGUAUCCUCCACGCCCAGGUUUCGCCGCUAUCUGAAAACAUGCCGGAAUACUCCCACUCCCCCGCGCCAUCCCCUAUGAAGCUAUGGCAAGCCGAGAACGAGACUGAUUGGGCAGUCGACUAUACGGAAUACCAAUAUCAGAAUGCCGUGCACGGAAUGCUUAAAAUCAGCGAUCUUGUUCAGCUGAAGGAAAGAGCCGGCAAGCAGAACGAUAGGUGGUAUGCUUACGCCGACUCCCUCGGCCUCUUGGUGACAUUGGCGGCAGAUCUGAUCUGCUAG